UGCGCACUGCGGGGCCUCCGCCGAGCCCAGCCUGCGCGGCAGCGGCAGCGGCACCCGCACGGCCCCGGCCGGAUGGAGCGGGGGACUGCGAGUGGCCCCCGACUGCUCCCACACUGCUCCCCGCGCCCUCCGGCCCGGGGCCGAGCGCUCCCCGAGGAAAAUGGCCUCUCGGCGGAUCACACGGGAGACGUUCGACGCCGUGGUGCAGGACAAAGUGAAACGGUACCGCAUGGAGCGAGGCGAUGGGAUGCGGGAGCCGAUCCAUCCCUUCAAAGCCCACUCCAGGCCGGUGCCGAGGUACAACGACAGCUUCCACGACAGCAGCAGGUACAGCCACGACGGCAGCCAGCACCACCCACACGGGGACUGGGGUGAGGAGCCCACAGACGACUACCCAGGGCCUUCCUACAGGCCUGGCAGCCCUCUCCUGAGGAAGGACAACUACUACCAGGAGCACUACGGGCACCCAGCACCUCGGGACCGCCACUACGGGCGCCCAGCACCUCGGGACCGCCACUACGGGCACCCAGCCCCCCGUGAGAGGGACUAUGGGCACCCAGCACCCCACGAGAGGGGCUAUGGGCACCCAGCACCCCACGAGAGGGGCUAUGGGCACCCAGCACCCCACGAGAGGGGCUAUGGGCACCCAGCACCCCACGACCAGGAGUACGGGGGCUUGGGCGCUCAGGAGCAGGAGUUUGGUCCUGCUGACUCCUGGGAAGCAGCAGGAGCACAGGAAAGUGGCUUCAGCUCUUCGGCUAUUUUAGGUGACUUUCGAUCCCCGGGGCUGCUGGAGGAGGACUUUGGCAGCAUGGAAAACCAGGACUACGAAGUGGACUUUGGGAUGCAGCCUGGCAGCGAGUUCCGGCCCCCGCUGCGGAGGGGCGGCAGGGGCAGGGGCAGGCUCCUGCGAGGAAAGCGAAUCGCCAGGGGGGUUGUUAAGUCCAAAGCCUUCAAAGGAGAGCUCAAUCCUCACCUCAGGAAGUGGCCCACUAAGAAACUCCAUCCAAGCCCCGAGCAGAAACCAGGUCUGGAACCUGAGCCAAGGACAGAGACCUGCGAGCGACUCAGCCAGCGCCCGGCGGGCAGCCAGCGCCCGAACCCUAAGCUGCCUCCGCAGCCUAACCAAGGGCCAGGCUUGAUGCUCAGGCUCCCAAAGCCUGCCCACUUCUUCAGAAACCUCAAUUUCGACCUGGUGGACAAAUCAGACAUUUUCUCCACCUUUGGGGUAGAGAUCAUCAAGUGGGCAGGCUUCCACACCAUCAAGAGCGACGCCGAGUUCGCCCGCCUCUUCGGUGCCCUCUUCGAGCUGGAGACCGAAACCUGUGCCAAGAUGUUGGCAUCCUUCAAGUGCUCCCUGAAACCAGAGCACAGAGAUUAUUGCUUCUUCACCAUCAAGAGCUUGCAACAUGCUGCUCUGAAAACCCCCAAGGUGGACAACGAGUUCCUGAACAUGCUGCUGGCCAAGGGAGCCGUGAAAACCAAGAACUGCUUCUUCGAGGUGAUCAAACCCUUCGACAAGUACAUCAUGAGGCUGCAGGACAGGCUGCUGAAGGGGGUGACCCCUCUGCUGAUGGCCUGCAAUGCCUACGAGCUGAACCUCAAGACCAGUGGCUUUGGCAACCCCAGGGAGAUGGCAGGGGCCUUUGAGACCACCCUCUCUCUCUGUCGUAAGUCUUUGGCGCUUCUGGGCCAGACCUUUGCUCUAGCCUCUGUUUUCAGGCAAGAGAAAAUACUUGAAGCUGUGGGGCUGCAGGAAAUGGCUCCAGCACCCACCCUCUUCCCAAACUUUGAGGAUUCCACCUUGUUUGGGAGGGAGUACAUUGAAAACUUAAAGGCUUGGUUGGAGAAGAGUGGCUACCCGAUUCAGGUGAAAAGAAGCCAGCCAGAGGCCAGCCUGCAGCCUCCCCUGGCCUCUCCUGACACCAAAGCCCCACAACGAGCAGAUCCUAAAGUCCUGGAGACCAUUGAGGAGCUGGUGAACAGCAUUGUGUCAGGAACCUUGUCUGCCAAAGAGAGGAGUGCUCAGAAGAGCUGCCCUGACUAUUGGUUCCUGUCUGCUGAAGACAGUCUGGAAUACAAAUACUACAGGCUGAGGCUGGCAGAGAGGCAGAGGAGGGCAUCAGGUGGCAUGGCAGAGGGUGCUGAGGGCAGAGCUCUGGAGGAGGCUGCGACAGAGUCGGUCAGGGCCAUGCUGUAUGCCAGGAAAGUUGCAAGCAUCAAGAGAAGGCUGUUCAAGAGGAAAAGGCCUGGACUUGUCUCCCCACGGGGUGCUGGAGGCAGGAAAGUGAGGAGGACAACCACAGGCACCCAGACUGUGCUGUCAGCUGGCACUCUGCUGAAGCACCAAGAGCAACACCUGCCGGGCACAGCCCAGCCGAAGCCUUCUGCAGCAGAAAGCAGCCUGGCUGAGAAGAAUUCUUCCCUCCACCCAACCUCCUCCUCCUCCUCCUCACAGUGUGCCACCACCUCAGAGCUCUCUCUGCCAGCAGAAGAAAAGGCAGAGUCUGAGGAUUUGUUGGCCCCACCUGAGCUUUUCCCACCGUUGCCCUCCCAGUUUCCUGACGUGGAUGCUAAAACCAUGGAAACUGCUGUGAAGUUGGCCAAGUUUGUUGCUCAGGUAGGACCAGAAAUCGAGCAGUUCAGCAUAGACAACAGUGCAGAUAACCCAGACCUCUGGUUCCUCCAGGACCGCCACAGUUCUGCUUUCAAGUUCUACAGAAUGAAGGUCUAUGAGUUGUGUCCCUCCAUCAACUUCAGUGCUGUGGCAGAAGCAGCUGAGGCUGAGGAGAGUGCUAAAGCUGAAGAGAGGAAUUUGGAUGUUUCAGAAGAGGAAGAGGAGGAGGAGGAGGAAGAAGAAGAAGAGGAGGAAGAAGAAAACGAGGAGGAAGCUGAGUUGGAGGAGGAGAUCUCCCAGCCUUUGGAAGAGAUGGAGCAAGCAGAGGAGGCAGAAGAGGAUGAUGACAUGGCAGCAGGUAGAAGUGUGGCAGACCUAGCUGAGGAGAUGCUUUCCAGAAGAGGAGAGGAGACUGCAGCAGGGGAAGUGCAGCUGCCCCCAGGCUCUGACGGUGCUGUCCCCACUCUGUCGGCACAGGCAGCCAGCCCUGCCCCCGGGGCCCUCUUCCCCCGCAAGAGAAUCAGCAGCAAGUCUCUGAAAGUUGGCUUGAUUCCUGCAUCUAAAAGGGUUUGCCUCAUAGAGGAGCCAAAAGUGCAUGAACCUGUCAGAAUUGCUUAUGACAGACCUCGUGGCUGCCCAGUUACAAAGAAGAAGAAGAAACCCAAAGACUUGGAUUUUCCCCACAAGAAGCUGACAGACAGGAAUGUGGGCUUCCAGAUGCUGCAGAAGAUGGGCUGGCAGGAGGGCCAUGGCCUGGGGACACGAGGAAAAGGGAUCAGAGAGCCUGUCAAAGUGGGUGCUACAUCUGCAGGGGAGGGCUUGGGUGUUGCAGGGGAAGAGAAUAAAGAAGAUGCAUUUGAUGUGUUCCGGCAGAGAAUGAUUCAGAUGUACAGGCAGAAAAGAGCCACUAAAUAGGCUCUCUUCCAUGAAGACUUCAAGCAUCAGUGAACAUUUUACCUAACUCCAGUGCUGUGUCUACUGUCCUUUUGGGUUGGAGUUUUGCUUUUGGUUUGGGUUCAUUCAUCUCGUUAGAGCCAUUUGCUACUUUCUGGUUGGGGGCAGCCUGGCAGCGGUGCUCAGCCUGUCCCGGUGAGCUGCCUGUGCCCUGGGGUGGGGGUGGGGGUGGGAGUCGUUGGCAUUUCCUCUUGAGUGACAUUAAAGCUCUUAAAGCAUUGGUAAAUCUUUUCCUAGCUGCAAUAAAUGUGGAGCUGAA